GGAUUUGAAUUAAUUGUGAAAAUUCUCAUUCAAGUGCGGUUGUGCGGUUUGAUGCUGUGCUGGAUAAACUUAAUUUGAUAAGAGAAAGUGAUUUGAAAAUAGAAAAUUUAUAAAAGAUAAAGAAACAAUAAUUUGUUUUAAACAAAUAAAAAUCAAAGCAAUUAAGCAAUAACAUUUCAAAAAUGUCGCGAAAUCAAUUACCCGAUUCUUCUUCUUCGCCGCCAAUAAGCCACCUAUCGUUUCAUAAUUUCGAUGAUGACAUGAUCAACGAUUUACCGUCGUGCGUUUAUGCAGGUGCAGCGCAUCACGUGACCGCCGCAACGGGUGGGCUUGGCGGAGGCGGCAACAAUCUGCGUAUGAGCACGAGUAAUCUACGACAGAUGCAACAACAAUACUUACAACAUACGGAGAACCUACUGGAUUCGUCAACUGGCAUGUCACUUGUGUCGGCGAGCUCUUCGUCCGGUUGCGGUGCUGGUGGCGGCGCCGGCGGUGGCAAUUCAGCCAUGCACUGCAAUAGUCCGAGUGCGAGCAGCAGCAGUGUGGGUUAUGGCAAUGCUGGCGCGAUGAAUGCUGCUGUUGCCGCGGCGGCUGCCGCAGGCUCGACUCCUUACAAACUGCAGCGGCAACAGGCGAACGUGCGCGAGAGGAAACGCAUCCAGAGGUCGGCACCAACUGGGUACACUAAAUGUAGCAUCAAUUCAGCUUUCGAUGAGCUGCGCGUCCACGUUCCCACAUUUCCUUAUGAGAAACGUCUAAGCAAAAUCGACACCUUACGCUUGGCCAUCGCUUAUAUAUCUCUACUGCGUGAGGUCCUUCAAACCGACUACGAUCCCCUCACCUAUGUGGAGAAGUGCUUGCGUGGUGAGAUUAAGGCAGAUCGUGCCAACUGGAAUACAAGUGAUCUCACGGCACGUCUUUCGUGGAUCAAUUGGGAAAACCUGGGCGUACAUCCAGGCCGGAGAACUUUACUUACCACACUGGCAUUAUCCUCGGAGCCAAUGUGCGGUGCACACUGUGGGCCAUAAAUACCCGAAUUUGAUUGUUAAUUUUUUAAGAAUUCCGAAGCAUAUCUUAUAAUUUUGUUGUGAUAUUAAUUUAGACCAACUGUCUUCCUUUUUCUGAAUUACUUUAAGCUUAACUUAAGUGAAAAUAUAAUAAGUUAAUAUUAUUCGUAAGAUUAAGUUUUUAUUCCCCUGCCAAAGCAAAUAAAAAUAUUUAAAUAAAAUUAAUUAAUUACGAGUGUUACGGGUGAAUGGCUAUUCGGAUUUCCAGAAAAUUCUAUUUUUGCUAAACGGAAUUUAGAGAACUUUUUGAACCAAUAAUUUUUAUCCUGUACGACAAGAUUUUAUUAAUACAUAUAGCUGAUUCGAAGAAAACGAUUCGCUGAUGUGUGGCCCUCACACUUAUGUUGGAUUUUUAUGUUUUGAAUACCGAGAAUUUUCAACCAAAAAAAAAUUUUUCACUUUUGGAAUCUCAGAUUUACGGCAAGAACAAAUAUUUCAAAA